AUGGACACGGCCGACCACUGUCAGACAGUCGUUUUCCAGCUGCCGAAUGAGUCCAUGAUUUACGAUCGGUUGGCUGAUCUCCAUGCCUUCUACAAGCCCAUCCACACAUACUUGUCCAUCGUGCUGUGCGCGUUGGGGGCGGUGUGCAACUUCUGUAAUAUCGUCGUGCUGACAAGGUAACCUUAUCGAUGAUGUUGCUUUAUUUAGAUGCAUAUACAGUGUAUAGUUGGUGGUGCAAAAGUAGAUAAAAUGUUUUUUUGGGGGUGGACUGAACGCAAUUUUGGUUUUUAGUGUUUUUUAGUUUAAAAGUAAGUAUAAUAUGUAAUUAUGUGAUUUUUUGGCAAGUUUUAUAACUUUCUAUGAAGUUUUUGACCAAUUGCUUUAGCUCUAAACUUUUCAACCAAAAAUUUUAUCUUUCGCCUUAUCAUUGCUACUUUCAGGCGACAGAUGAGGACCCCGGUGAACAUGAUCCUCACCGCGAUGGCUUGCUGCGACACGGUGGUCCUGUUCUCGAACCUCAUCUACACUACGCACUAUACGUUCGUGGCGUUCGCGAAUUGUCAUCCGCGACACUGGAGCUACGGUUGGGCACUGUUCCUAGUCUCCCACGCCCAUCUCUCACUCGUGGGACACACUUCCAGUGUUUGGUUGUCCGGUCAGUACCAUUCCCUCGUAGCAUUACUUUUUGUUUGUUUUAGUUAUGUUGGCUCUGAUUCGAUAUCUGACUCUCCGGAACCGAGGGAGAAUGUCCGGCAUGCAGGUGAGUACGAAGUGGACGGUGCAAUCACAAAGUAUAGUACUAGUCUUUAGUACUUUAAGAUAAUUUAAGCAUUAGGUCAAAAAUUACAUAGAAAACAUAUGAGUAAGGUAAUAUGACAUCACUUUUGAUUUUAUUUUUAAUUUUUGGUCAAAAAGUCUAUAGAAUGUCUUUCGAAACUUAUUUUUAUUUACUUCCUUAAACCAUUAACAGUUACCUAGUACCUUUACAAAUGUCACUUCCUUCCUUAACAUACCGUUAUCACUCACCCAAUCAGAACCCAUUGUUUUCUGUUUGUAAAGAAAGUUUUUUCGAUUUCAAAAGAAUCCAAAAAUAUUUUGUGACCUUUGUGUUUACUGCACUGUAAAUACGGAGGGAUUUAUAUGUUAAGCAUCUUAAUGUGAGCUUUACUUUAAAGCCAAUUGUAACCCAUAAGGUUUCGUAUUAAGGAUUGUAGUUUACAACAUGGCAAGUGUAAUAUCCAAAGGUAUCGUACGUUUUGUGCUUCAGGGUUUGAAGAGUUUCGAAGCUGCAAAGUUUUGUAAGGUAAUAGGUAAUAUUAGGAGCACUGAAGGUAAUCAUCCUGUUUAAAACAAUAUUUUAGUAAUUAAAAAUUGAUUAUUUGUUAAAAAGCUAUUUGAAAUUGAAAAGACAACAAAAAUCACUGAAUUUGCAUAAAACAUUAUUUCCACGCACUUUUAAAGCAAAACAAUACCUAAUCUCAAUAUUUACAAACAAACUAACACAAUAUACACCUUCAGAUCGGCCUCAAACACUCGUACAUCUCGAUAGCAGCCGUCAUCUUCUUCGUCCUCAUCAUGAACUCUCCCAACUUCUUGACUUACAAGAUCAUAGAAAUGCCACUCAAGUACACAUGUACAAUAACAGAUCCAUCGGUAACAGCAGCCUUGGCCUACUUUCCAGAAGUCUCCGACCUAGCCUUGGAAACGAACUGCCUAGUCUUCCGGAUGGCCUUCUGGAUCUCUGGUACCAUCUUCAAGGUACUACCAUGCAUGUUACUCACUCUGUUUGUCUGGUUACUCACCAGGAUCCUGAACGAAGUCAAGGAAAACAGAGCCAGAUUGCUCAAGGGGUCAGUCAAAAACGGGAACUCAGUCCAGCCGAACGGCCUGAAUAGGAUACCUGAUGUUAGGAAGGAUUCUAAUCAGUCGUUGGCACCUCUGUCGAGGAAUAUCAGGUCGAAUUCAAUAAGGUAAGUUGCGAUGAGUGUUAAUCCUUGACUUUAAAGCUUAUAUUUUGUCAAAAUAUUUUUAAAAAUAUUUAUUUCGUUGUUUUUAAUGUAUAAUUUUUAAGUUUUUUGGGUAACAAUCAUUAAUUUCAGGGGAAAUCGAGCUAGCGGACGUGCUGAUCGAACGACGCGGAUGCUAUUGGCGAUUGUAUGUGUGUUUUUGGUGACAGAACUGCCUCAGGGUAUAAUGGCGGUGCUAAUAGGACUGUUGUCUCAGGAAUUCCGAAAGAAUGUCUACAACAAUGUCGGCGACAUCCUCGACCUGUUGUCGCUGUGUGAGGCGUGUACCUCGUUUAUCAUUUACUGUUCUAUGAGUGGGCAGUUUAGGAAUGUGAGUUUGUCAUGUUAUGUUAGUGAUUUUCUUUUCAAAUUUCAAUUUUUUUUUGAAAUUUUUGAUUUUUUUUAAAUUUAAAAAUUUGAAUUUUGAAUUUGUAGGAAUUCCGCCGAGUGUUCAUCCCAGCCCAAGUGAGUUGCUGGUGGUCGCCUCAGACGGCGCGUCGCUAUUCAGAUGCUUUGUUCUCCAAAACCGGCAACCAGUUUUUGCAGGUAGAUCAGGGUAACGCCACCGACCGGUCGAUAACCAUGUCGUUGGUGGAGAUGUCUAAGCACUCAGCACGACGACUUAGUGCUGACAAGAUGGAAGAGUCGCCGUCGUACUCGAGGGCGUCCUCAUCCGAACACCGACGGUCUACACAAUUCUCGGACCGAGAGCUGGUCCAGUCCAACGGACAGGAAAUGUCGUAUUUGCUCAGUCCAACGGAAAACGGGUCCUUCCAAUAG